CUGUUAUGGGACAGUUGGAGCGAAACGGGGUGUGUUUUCAGAAGCUAGCUAAUAUAGAUUUGCAGCGCACGAUCUGUACGGGUUUUUAUUGUAUUUAAAAAUAAUAAUAAUAAUGACAUCUACCAUUGAUGAUAGCGAAAAAGAAAAGGCCCACUCUGUGUCUGUGGACCUAAACAACGACGCUUCUCUACUCAUCGAUAUUCCCGAUGCACUCUGUGAACGAGACAAAGUCAAGUUCACUGUCCACACCAAGACCACCUUGAGCUCCUUCCAGAAGCCAGACUUCUCUGUUCCUAGGCAACAUGAGGACUUUAUCUGGCUCCAUGACACGCUGGUUGAAACUGAAGACUAUGCGGGGCUCAUUAUCCCUCCAGCCCCCCCGAAGCCAGACUUUGAGAGCCCCAGGGAGAAGAUGCAUAAACUGGGAGAGGGCGAAGCCACCAUGACCAAGGAGGAAUACACCAAGAUGAAGCAGGAGUUAGAGGCUGAGUACCUGGCUGUAUUCAAGAAGACUGUUCAAGUCCACGAAGUAUUCCUGCAGCGUCUAUCUUCUCACCCCAUCCUGAGCAAGGACAGAAACUUCCAGAUAUUCCUGGAGUAUGACCAGGAUCUGAGCGUACGGAGGAAAAGUGCCAAGGAGACGUUUGGGAGUUUCUUUAAGAACAUGGUGAAGAGUGCUGACGAAGUCAUCAUCUCAGGAAUAAAGGAAGUCGAUGAUUUCUUUGAGCAGGAGAAGACCUUCCUGCUUGAUUAUUCGUCCAAGAUCAAAGACUCCACUGCCAGGGCAGAGAAGAUGACCCGCUCCCACAAAAAUGUUGCUGACGAUUACAUCCACAUCUCUUCUACUUUGAACAGUCUCUCUGUCGAUGAUAACACAGCACUUAAAAAGCACUUUGAGAAGUUAGCGGACCUGUUUGAGAAACUCCGGAAAGUGGAGGGUAGAGUGGCGUCGGACCAGGAGCUGAAGCUCACAGAGCUACUCCGGUACUACAUGAGGGACAUCCAGGCAGCCAAGGACCUUUUGUACAGGCGGGCCAGGGCCCUGGCAGACUAUGAGAACAGUAACAAGGCUCUGGACAAGGCCCGGCUGAAGAGUAAAGGCGUUCCUCCAGCCGAGGAGCACCAACAACAGUGUCUGCAGAAGUUUAACACGCUUUCUGAGUCGGGAAAAAGAGAGCUGACCAGUUUUAAGGGCAGGAGAGUGGUGGCUUUCCGGAAGAAUCUAAUAGAGAUGGCUGAACUGGAGAUUAAGCAUGCUAAGAACAACAUGUCUCUGCUGCAGGGCUGCAUUGAGCUGUUCAAGAGCAGCUGAGCCGCUGGUCUCUUACCAACCCUCCCAGAACACUGACCAGCCGGGCUUGGCGUCAGUCCCUUUCUGCUCUCUUGUCAACUCCUUAUGGAAUCGUCGUGCAGAACCGUGACCGGAGUAGGAAAAUCACAAACGGAUCUGGGACCAGGAUAUUGACCAGCAGGCUUUGAGAAGGGAAUCUGGAUUCCUCUAUUCUCCACAUGUGUCAAACUCAUUCCACAAUGGAUUUUCGCUCCACCCUUGUACUUGAUUGAUGAAUUAAGGUCACUAAUUAGUAAAGAACUCCCCUCACCUGGAUGUCUAGGUCUUAAUUGAAAGAAAAAAACAAAAACCCACAGACACUGGGCCCUCAGUGGAAUGAGUUUGACACCCCUCUACUCCUGGGGGAACCUGGAUAUCCAGGGCACACGUUUGAAUGAGUUUGACACCCCUCUACUCCCGGGGGAACCUGGAUAUCCAGGGCACACGUUUGAAAAACUUCCCUUUUGCAACGGAAAACAAAAAUAAACAUUUCUUAUUGGACAAGAUUAGAUAGUCCCUCCCCAUUUCACUAAUUUGCGGGGUGUUUCGUGCCUUGAACCCGAUUCUGGAUAGCCCCUUCCUCCACCCCAAAAAUGCCACUUCAGAAACCUGCAUAUGUCUGUUUGACUGUCUCUGUGUCUGUCUGGAUGUUUAGUCUCUGUCCACCUGCCCCUCCGUGUCUCCUUCUACCCCCUCCGUGUCCCAUGGAACACUCCCCUUUAGUGAUGACAACAUUCCAGAACAGGGAGAAUCCUGCAGCAUCUUCUGACCUUCCUCCUCCAUCUGUUUUUCAAUCAUGGAUUAUCUGAAUCUUGGGUUAUCUGAAUUAUUUGUAUUGUGGAUGGAUUACUCUUGUUCUUGUAUUGGAUUCUCUAUUUGUAACAAUUAUGGACUUUUUGCCGGAUUGUGAUAAUGUUUAUAAUUCUUUUGGAUGCUUUUCAAGGCAUGCACCCACUAACCCCGUUACGCCCUUCACUUGUACAUAUAAAGAAAGCCAGAAUUGAGGUUGAAUUUGGUCCUAGUAUAACAGUUAAACUAGGCAGAGUGGAGUAAUCUGGUGUUUUUAAUGGUGCAGGCAUAGCUAGCAAUAAUGGAAUAGUGAGGUUUUCUCAUUGCAACGCCACUUUUAAACCACUCUCUCUAAUACUAGUCUGAAGAGUGACUGCUGAGCUCAGCUGCUGCCUCUCUGGUUUGUAAUGGAACCCUUUACAGGGUCCUAUUAGGCCACGCUGUAACAAAAAUGUUUUUCAAUGGAAAACUUAAACAAUCGUUUCUUAUUGGACAAGUUCAGAUAGUCCCUCCUUGUUUUUCUUCCCAUUUGGUACCUUAGUGAAUAGGACCCAGAUGGGAGCAACUGUUUACAAAGAGGAUGGAAAAGGGGGGAAAUACAAAUUUAGUGCCUAAAUAAAUGUUCUUGUGACUUCGUCAUGAUUGUCCACCCUUCUGCCAAAGUCUUCACUUUCACACUCCCGUCAUGGAUUUAAAAGCAUUAGGUUGAUGUAAGCAUUGGUUGAAGGGAGUUUCCACCAUUUGUUAAAUGCAUGACGGUGUAGUCUGGAAAUGCUCACUUUGGGAGAAGGGUGGAGAAUUGGGACUUGGCCUAAUACUCUCUCUCCAUUACCAUACUCUGAGAUUAGGCUGGGUUGAACUCGCUCAAACCGCCAAGUGAAGAGACAUGCUCUUUUUCAUGAUUUAAGAAGUGUGUGGUAGUUUGUCCAACAGUGUGGUACCACACAGAAAUGCUUUGGCUGUACCUCAGGAAUGGCAACAUGGCUCUUUCCGCAUAUUCGUCUACAUUACUGCCAGUAAUAACUGGAGCCAAAUAAUGUUUUUGAUUUGAGACAUACAUAUAUUUUUGACAAGUUUACUUCCACAUAAUAUGGACCAGUUGAUUUUAGUUUUUACUACAGACCGUGUCAGUGUCAGCACUGAUAGUUGUCAAAGUUUACUGCCGUACACAUGAUACUUAAGUGGUCCGUGUGCCCGGUCUAGACUAAGGAGUGACUAGUGAGUGCCAGGCAGCUAUGGUUUCUGUGCUAAGUGAGUCAAUAUUCAGUGGACUAGGCUGAGACCUUUGACACUGUCGGUGAAGUCCACCCAUAGUAGAGGACUGAAUGCAGUUGGUUCUAGUUAACAUUUUAAGCAAUAGACUUACAUGGCCAUUGGAGAGUAACUCUGGUCCCAGCACUUAUUCAGAGGAGUGUGACUGAUGUGUGUGUGUGUGUGUGUGUACUUCAGCGUCAGCUUGUAGCUGUUGUCUAUGUCCCAAUUCUUUCACAUGCUUCCCUAAGUGUGCACUUGUUCACUUCCCUUCAUGGAUUUUAAAGGGACUGACUAGCGUAAGGAAAAUGGAGGAGACUCCUAUGCUUACACCAAUGAUCCAAUGCUUUCAAUUGUUUGUACAGGAUGAAUGUGCACUACCUAGAUAAGUAGGAUGUUCCUGUGCACUUCAUUGAUAUCCUGCUGUGUUUACUAGUGUGGCUUCCUGUGCACUUCAUUGAUAUCCUGCUGUGUUUACUAGUGUGGCUUCCUGUGCACUUCAUUGAUAUCCUGCUGUGUUUACUAGUGUGGCUUCCUGUGCACUUCAUUGAUAUCCUGCUGUGUUUACUAGUGUGGCUUCCUGUGCACUUCAUUGAUAUCCUGCUGUGUUUACUAGUGUGGCUUCCUGUGCACUUCAUUGAUAUCCUGCUGUGUUUACUAGUGUGGCUUCCUGUGCACUUCAUUGAUAUCCUGCUGUGUUUACUAGUGUGGCUUCCUGUGCACUUCAUUGAUAUCCUGCUGUGUUUACUAGUGUGGCUUCCUGUGCACUUCAUUGAUAUCCUGCUGUGUUUACUAGUGUGGCUUCCUGUGCACUUCAUUGAUAUCCUGCUGUGUUUACUAGUGUGGCUUCCUGUGCACUUCAUUGAUAUCCUGCUGUGUUUACUAGUGUGGCUUCCUGUGCACUUGCUCUUAUGGAGAUGUACUGAGCAACACUAACCUAUCCUCCCAUCCAAUCAUCUUGCUUAGUACUGCUGGUGCCGGAUUGGUUUGAAGAAUUGCAUUUUAGGGUUCUUAUUUCUCCAAUUGCUUUUUGUUACUGACGGAACCUUUUUUUAUAUUGUUACACUAGCCUGGGUGCCGGUCUGUUAGCCUGGGUGCCGGUCUGUUAGCCUGGGUGCCGGUCUGUUAGCCUGGGUGCCGGUCUGUUAGCCUGGGUGCCGGUCUGUUAGCCUGGGUGCCUUGUCUGUUAGCCUGGGUGCCGGUCUGUUUCUGCUGUCUUACCUACUCCUUAUGGAUUUGUCAUGCCAUCUUUGACUUGGCAAUGGAGUUGGUAAACAGAUCAGGGACCAGGCUGUAGGAGACCACAGAUCAGGGACCAGGCUGUAGGAGACCACAGAUCAGGGACCAGGCUGUAGGAGACCACAGAUCAGGGACCAGGCUGUAGGAGACCACAGAUCAGGGACCAGGCUGUAGGAGACCACAGAUCAGGGACCAGGCUGUAGGAGACCACAGAUCAGGGACCAGGCUGUAGGAGACCACAGAUCAGGGACCAGGCUGUAGGAGACCACAGAUCAGGGACCAGGCUGUAGGAGACCACAGAUCAGGGACCAGGCUGUAGGAGACCACAGAUCUGGGACCAGGCAUAAAUGUAUUCAUCUGUAAAAGAAAAGGGUUCAUAUUGAAACAAAAAUGAUUGAAUUCUUUGAAUUGCUUUGGAAAAUGAGCGAUUUUUAUUUUGUACAUUUUAUCUAUGGUGGUAAAUACUAAACAAUCAUUUCCAUGCCCAGAGAGGGCUGUCUUAUAAAGUGGUGUUUUGAUAAUUGAAUGGAUUUCUAAAUCAUUCCAACUGUGAAUUACUUAGUUUUUUUUCUUACCGAGCAUCACUUUUUUUUUAAACGUUUGCAAUAAUUACAUUAAAUAAGUCCUACUUUCCAAAAUC